AAUUUGCGUGAACAAAAAUCGGAAUCUUCAAUCUUUCGAAGGCAACUGGCCAACCUGUACAGUGUACCGGUAUCGAAGUUGUUGUUCCUUUUUGGGCUCUGAUCAAGGAGGUCUUCCGUGAGGGUGUUGCUUGGUUGUUCAUCCCAUUGUAUUCAGAAGUUGGCUACGUUUUUGCGCUUGCGUUGGCUGGUUCUGCUGUACAGGUCCACAAGAUUCUUUCCCUUUCAAUUUUGUCCAAUUGACUCUACACAACUGAUUGCCAGCAUGUCAGAUUAUACCAGCAUCGAGAGCUUGUCCAAAGUAUUCGAACGGGGAUCUGCCAAUAUCAUCUGGUGUGAACAUGUCUUGGCCAUGAAGAAUGCCUCUGGGAUGAAAGAGGAUGCAUGGAUUGCAGAGUAUUGGAAUUCCUGGACGAACCUGGCCUUUGUGGUAGCGGGCAUUCUGGGCUUGCUUCGGGUGGCCAGCGACAUGACAAAAACAGCCAAACUACACUUGUGGGGUGUCCUGUCGGCAGAAUUGACCUUGAUGAUUGGUGUUGGAUUUGGGUCCUUUAUGUUUCACGCCCAUCAAUCCCGUGUGGCUCAAAUUGCCGAUGAGCUGCCCAUGUGUCUGCUCACGUUAUUCUACAAUUAUGCUUUGCGGGGACUGCAUCCAUUGACCACAGAUCCAAAGUACAGUGGCAAGUUCUAUGGAAUAAGUCUGAUCUUUGUGGUGGGACUGUGGGCAAUCUACAUCUACACCGGGAUUUAUGAUGUCUUCGUUCUAUGCUUUAGCACCCAAGUAGUGUCCACAAUUGCUCUGUCCUGGGAUGCUGGUCGAAGAGUCAACCAUCCUACCACGGUAUUUUACACAGGCGUGUCUUGCCUAGCGUUUGGCAAGGUACUGUGGGAAUAUGAAAGAUACUUGUUCCGAAAUGAGGCUUGUGACGCACCCGGGACAAUCUGGUUGCAUCCACUGUGGCACAUUGGAGCCGCACUUUCACACUACUGCACAAUGCUGAAUAUCACCAACUUGAAUAAGAGAAUCCAUGGGAAUGGAACUGUCGCGAGCAAUGGUAUCUCAAACGGCCACGUCAAGAAGGACUAGUCGGAGAUAGAUGUAUCUUUGUUCUAGCCAGCUAGCGAGAUCUGUUUUGGAUUUACGCCCUCUGAAAAGAUUCAUAUCUUCCCACCCGGUGCGAUAGAUCCCAUUGGCAGAUGGUACCUCUGGCUGAACGUACGUACAGACUACACAUUCCUUUCGUAAUAAUCAAAACACUCACUUCAUGU